AUGGCUGACCCAAAUAAGAAGACAACGGCAAGCAAGAGGACAAGGGCAAGAGCAAGAAGAAGAGAGGCCAAGAGGGCCAGGGAAGAACAGGCUAGGCAACAGCAGGCCAGAGAGGAAGAGGUUCCAAGGCACGCGCUCCAGAAUGAUCUACGCAUCAAGUUCCAGGCCGUCAGUAAUUUGAUGAGAGACCUAUACCAGCAAGCACCAAACCCGUACGAUAUCAAUGAUACCAAGCGCAUGCAACAGUCAGCCAGGCCAAGAUGGGUCAGGACACGAGUGCAACUCUUUCACGCCAUGAUCACACUCAAGGCUGCCGAGGAGCCCCUUCUGGACUGCGCAAUGGGGUACCGGGGUCGGAUGACUGAGGACGAGUGGAUCAGGGUGUUAGAACAAGUAAUGGGACUAUUAAAUGCGAUCAAAGCUGCUGGCUGCGACAAGCUGUACGCUGACCUCCUCGGACCGGAACUGGCAAGCCGGUGA